UCACUGUUCAUAACGAUAACGAGAGUGGAGCGGUCUUGUUUUUCGCAGUUUUCUUCUAGUUUUUCUUGAUUUUCCUCUGUUGUUGGGUGCAGCGAUUGACCACAGUGUUGUGGUUACACAAGUUAGUGUUAAGUGUUGCCAGGUUUUUGUUCCAGUUUGCAAGCAACUGGUAUGGAGUGCGGAUAUUUUCUCUUGAUUAUGCUCACCUUCAUGCUACUCAUCCAAGCCAUUCACAGCAAGGAACCCGACAAAACCUCCAACAAACCCCAAAAACCCACCGCCUCAAAACGUGACCUCGAACCGCAACCCUCGAAGAAAACCGAGAAACGAGGUCUAGAAAUUCCCAGAUCAGAAGCCUUCAGUUACACCUACGUAGUCCAAAACCAUGGAAAACUUCGCAAGGUCAUCCAUGUAGCCUCAGCACCUGAACAAGACUCUGAUGAGGUUAUACCUUAUGGUGAGGGGAUGUACCAUAACCCCCAUAACCUUCAAAACCUCCAUAACUCACAUAACCUUCAACACAACCUCCAUUACAGUCCUGAAUAUGAUUACCAUAACCCGUAUAACCAGGAAGGUGGGGGCGAUUAUGAUGGACAGGCUCCUGAGGAUGGUUAUAGUCAUAAUGAGUUUCUGGAGGAAGGUGGUUAUAGACCGGAAGUAGGUCAUAGACCGGAAGUGGGUUAUAGGCCGGAAGUUGGUUAUAGGCCGGAUCUGUUUUCUGGAGAGCAGAUUCCUUACCUGGGCCCAGUUUAUGUGACAGCCAAACCAGUGCUGGCGUCUCCAGAGUUCAGGAAAGCUCCUGUGCCCUCAGUGCCUGCUAGAUUAUCGUAUCCACUGUUCACGCCAUAUCAUGGGUAUGUGGAUGAUACGCAUAGGCACCCACAUCAUACAAAGAUCACCUACCCCCUCCACAUCGGCAAGACCUACGUGCUGCCCUACAACACGCGCCCUUUUGCGCACCCUUCACCGCCCGACAAGUCUCUCCUUGUCUACGCGUCACCCUCUCCCUCAUACGUGGUCACACAUGACGGCGAGAGUGGACUCUACAACACACUCAAGUUCUCACCGACGGUCAUCCCCUACACGAUCACCGUCAACCGACAUCCGGUCGACUUUGGAGGGGGUGGGAGAGCUCUCCUACAUGCUACCCCCACCCCUGCCACUGUGUCCGAGGAGGAGGUGGCGAUAGAGGUUAGGAAGUGAUCAAAUGUGCCAAAACUUGCAAAACUAGACUUAAAACUUAUAAAAUGUCUCGUACUCAAAAACACUCAAUAUUUUGUUACAUUUUAAGUACUCAAUGUUAUAUCAUGUGACUUUCUUCAGUCUGUUCUGUAUAUUUUUAGCAUAGAGAAAGAUUAGCAUGAGAAGAUAUUCUAUGGUAUAGAGAGCGUAUGGUCUCAAAUUCCACUGUUAACUCAAGCCAAUAGAUCUAUAGUGAGGUCCACGUUAUAAUGGCAAUGAAGAAAGAUAGGAGAAAAACGUUGCCAAGUAUCUCCAUUUUGCCACUGA